AUGGGGUCAAAGGGGAUUGAGUCAAGAAGGCCAAGGGUCGGCGACUUGUUGGAGUUUCAGAGGGGGGUGUACUCACACUGGGCAGUGUUUGCAGCAAGCCACGGUCAGGUUGAUGAGUUCUGGGAGGUCGCGGGUUCGAGUCCAGUUGUGAUCAACAAUAUACUGGAUAAUGAGUACAGUCAUCUGCCUGCUGGGGAGAUUUUAAUGAACGCGACUAGCAAACUUGGUGCUACGGGCUACGAUGUGGUGUGUGCUAACUGCGAGCAUUUCGCUACCUGGUGCAGGUAUGGGAAGGCAAGAAGCAUACAGGUCGAGAGAGUGAAACACACCGUCAGUAGCUACGCUGGUAAGAUCAGAGACAAUCUGGUGGAGCUGGCACAACGAGGAAACCCGACGGUAAGUUGA